UUGAUGAUCACGGCUGAAAUUGGGAUAAUGAUGUCUGACCCUGUCAGAAAUGUUCGCCAUUGCUAUAUGCCCCUUGCAGCAUACAUUGUUGAUACCCUGGAGGCAUGUAUGCUUGCGUGUGUACAUGGGAAAACCUCCCCAUUUACGAUGACAUCGUAUCUGGAGUUUGGGGACAAUUUUCGUCACCCCAAACGUACAUGCCAUAUCACUCUCAAUCAGCUCACCAAGAUACACGUUGAUCCCAAUGACCUCGAAGGUUAUUUUGAUGCAUGCGCUGUAUAUUGUCUAAACGGUGUCCAUGCACCCUUCUGGCAAGAUUGGCUGUCUGCUUGCCCCUCAGUCUUUCUAACUCCAGAGGCUCGGCAUCACUGGCAUAAGCAAUGUUUCGAUCACGAUCUUUAG